AUGCUCUUUGGACACAACAAGCAAGAGGACGCAAUCGGCAUGAUUGACAAGUACCCCUUGAUGAACGACUAUUGGGCAGACAAAAGAGUCGAUAUGAGCAAGAUUACUAUCCCGGCAUACGUCCUCGCGAGCUACUCUACGGCUUUGCAUACUGUGGGAUCGUUCCGAGGCUUCGAAGAACUCCCGUCCAAGGAGAAGUGGCUCAGGGUCCAUCCCACCCAAGAGUGGCACGACUUAUACAGUGAGGCGUGUACAGAAGACCUCCAGCGCUACUUCGACUGCUACCUGAAGGGUGAGCAGAACGACUGGAAGCAGACGCCUCAGAUUCGGGCAAGUCUGCUUCGUUUCAAUCAGGACCCGAUUGUGAAUUACGUCUUCAGCGACUGGCCUAUACCCGACACCGAUUAUCGCAAGCUCUACUUGUCAGGAGACGCCCAACUUGUGCAUGACCUGCCCAGGAGUUCUCAAACCUUCUCUUACCAAUCAGAUACCCCAUCAUUACAGAUUGACGCAGAUUCUGAAGAGCUUCACUUCAGCCAUAAAUUCACAGCUCGCAGCUAUCUCGUCGGCUAUUCCCGAGCGGUGCUCUAUGUGUCCUGCCCCAACAGCGACGAUCUGGACGUUUUCAUCCAGCUUCGCAAAGCAGACGCCAGCGGCAAGUUGUUACAGAACAUCAACAUUCCCCUGGAGCACCUCGAGCUUAAGGCGGAAGAAGUUGCGACCGUCAACACUAACAAAUACCUUGGCCCCACAGGCAUACUCCGUGCGAGCCACCGGAAGAUCGAUUAUGAGCAGUCGAAACCCCAUUGGCCUCUGCAUAGCCAUUUCGAAGAGGAGAAGGUGCCGAGAGGUCAAGUUGUCGAGCUGACUAUCGGGUUGUGGCCAACGGGGAUGGCUUUUGAGGCUGGAGAGCAGCUAGUCCUCAAGAUCGCAGGCCAUCACAUGACUCUGGCUGAGUUUGAGCCAUUGCGUGGCGGGUUCCAGACAAGCAAUAAGGGCACACAUGUUGUUCAUGUUGGACCGGAGCAUCCGAGUCAUGUUGUCGUGCCAUUCGUGAGUGUGUAG